UGAAGAAUUUGAAGAUGAAGAUGAAGAUGAUGGAUAUGAUUCAGAUUUAUCUUUAGAAACUUUUGUUACUGCUUCAACUACUAUUACUGAUUUUGAUGGAUUUCCAACCUCAGUUUCUAAUGGAUCUUAUUCUUCUUAUAAUAAACAAAAAUCUAGAUCAAAUGGUACAGCAUCUCCAGGUUAUAGUGGGCCAUCAUUUUCUGUUAAACCUAAUCCACAAUUAUUAUCAUUUAUGUCACAAUAUAAGGUUAGAGAUUUACAUGGAGGUUUUAAUUCAUGUUUAAGAAAUGAUUUAGUUGAUAAUUUUAUUUUAAGAUUUGUAAGAGCUAGAAAAUGGAAAUCUGAUGCCGCAGUACAAAUGAUGUUAAAAUCAUUAAAUUGGAGAAUUAGUAAAGAUUUUAGUCCUGAUUCUUGGGUUUUAGAAGGUGAUGCUAAAUCUUUCUUAACUGGUACUAAUAAAGGAUUUGUUAAGAAUUUCACUUGUGAAAAGGCCUUUAUUAAAGGUCAUGAUGUUAAUCGUAAUCCAAUUUAUUUCUUUCAAGCAAGAAAACAUUUUGGUUCUGAUUCUCCUUUAAUAGAAACUCAAAGAUUUUCUGUGGUUACUAUUGAAUGGUGUAGAUUAUUUUUACGUGAAGUUACUGAUUCUGUUGAUCAAUGUUCGAUUGUUUUUGAUUUAACUGGAUUUUCAUUAAAGAAUGCUGAUUAUGCUGCCAUUAAAUUUUUAGCUGAUGUCUUUGAAGCUCAUUAUCCAGAAACUUUAGGAGUUAUUUUAAUUCAUAAUGCACCAUGGAUUUUUUCAACCGUUUGGAAUAUUAUUAAAAAUUGGUUAGAUCCUGUUGUUGCAUCAAAAAUUCAUUUUACAAAAGAUGCCAAGGAAUUAUCAAAAUUUGUAGAUCCAAAAUUUAUUCCUGAUUAUUUAGGUGGACAAGAUCAUACAGAACCUGUUUAUAUUGAACCAGAAGAAAGUGAUGCUUUACCUCCAAGAAGAAAAGAUGCUUAUUAUUAUAAAUUAAAGAAGGAAAGAGAUGCUACAUAUCUUAAAUUUAUUGAAGCAACAAUAAAAUGGAUUGAAUCAACUAAUCCAGCUAUUAGUGAUCAAUACUUGCAGGACAAGAUUAGACUUAAUUAUGAAUUAUCUAAUAACUAUCUUAAAUUGGAUCCUUAUAUUAGAUGUAGAGGUCUUUAUGAUAGAGAUGGUACAUUGACUGUUUCAAAUUAAGUUUAAUUUGGUGAACAUUAUCAUUUCCUAUAUAUACAAUAUUUAUAUUUAUAUUUGUUUAACAUGACA